UGUAAUAAUCAAGCCAGUCCAGUGGUGAUCUAACAAUCAUAUUUUUCAUUUAAAUGGUGUGAAUGAAAUACGCAGUUAAAAGUUAACUAUUUUCGUAGUGAUAAGUGAAGUGCAUUGUAAGUUAAGAUGUCAGCUCACACGGGCCCUGUGGAGUCGUUUGAUGAAUUUUAUUCCGAGGUGAAGGAGAUAGAAAAGCGAGACUCGGUCUUGACACCAAAGCAACAGAUCGACAGGCUACUUCGCCCUGGCUCCACGUAUUUCAAUCUGAACCCUUUUGAAGUGUUGCAGCUUGAACCUGACUCAUCACUCGAUGAGAUCAAGAAGAAGUACCGGAGGCUGUCCAUCCUGGUUCAUCCGGACAAAAACAUAGAUGAUUCGGAACGGGCGCAACAGGCAUUUGAGAUAGUAAACAGAGCAUGGAAAACCCUGGAGAAUGAUGACACCAGGAAGAAGUGUUUGAAUAUCUAUGAGGAGGCUAAGGAACGCACUGAACAUAUGAUAGAGCAGAAGAGGAAAAAGCAGAGAAAGGAGUCUCGGCAAUCUGAGGGCAUACCUGAAGAUGAUCCUGUCAAGUUCAAACAUGCUGUUUAUGUUAUGACUAUGAAGUUGUUCGCGGACAUGGAGCGCAAGCGGCAGCACCUAGAAACCCGCGACCAGGAGGAGCGGAAGCGGAAGCGGGAAGCGGAAAUCGAGCAGGAGGAACAACUCUCCAUGGAGAAGGAGUGGGCUAAGAACUUUGAGGAAUCUCGACAAAACCGCGUGGAAAGCUGGAAGACCUUCCAGUCCGGCAGCGGCGGGGAAAAGAAGAAGAAGAAGAAAAACAUGAUGAACUUCAAGCCGCCCAAGCCCAAGCCGGAGAGCAGAUAACUUCAAGCUGUAUAAUACGUUAGUUUUAUUCUAGUUUUAGUGGUCGUGUAAGGUAUUCCACUUGAGUGUCGCCCACGCUCAGACCACCUCAACUACUAGAGUACUAAACGGAGCACAUAAAAGCUCUUUCCCACUGACGUCCAGUUUUUUGCGGGUACGGUUUUCUGCAGGAUCCCUUUUUCUGUAGUAUGCGUACCCGCAAACAGAAUGCUAGUGUGAACGUUACUAUAUUAGCACUUUAUCAUCUUCCUCACUUUGUCCCGGUAUUUUGCCACGGCUCAUGGCCUGGGGUCCGCUUGGCAACUAAUCCUAAGAAUUGGCGUAGGCACUAGUUUUUACGAAAGCGACUGCCAUCUGACCUUCCAACCCAAAGGGGGAACUAGGCUUUGUUAGGAUCAGUCCGGUUUCCUCACGAUGUUUUCCUUUACCGAAAAGCGACUGGUAAAUAUCAAAUAAUAUUUCGCACAUAAGUUCCGAAAAACUCAUUGGUACGAGCCGGGGUUUGAAUCCGCGACCUCCGGAUUGCAACUACUACUAAAA